AACAAAGUUUACAAGCUGUUAACGGAAACUUUGAUAUUAGUAACAAAAUCUGUGGGAUUUAUUUCAAAGCCUACCAAGCCAACAUUUAUUUUAAUACGCAAGUAGGGCAAAAUUAGGAAAUGCCUGGUGGCGAUGUGGAGUUACGUCAUGGCCUCAGCAAGGGGUAACCUGAACUCAAGGACAAGCGGAUCAGUGUUCACUGUGCAGGCGAUCAACAGUUGCGGUGAUCCUGGACCUUGCAGGGACGGACUCAAUUCAGAAAGAUUUCAAGCUAAAACUAGGUUCAAAGUUCACGGGCCCUUGUCCAGAGGUCUGACCAGACCUGAUCUGGCAAAUGCUUUUUCCAGGGACGGAUCCAGGGACGCAUUGGCCGAGGUUAGGGUACAAUCCGGAUGUCCAGAUGAAUGUCGUAGCGUAUCUAACAGUACAUUGGAUAAUCCUUCACAGGAUGCUUCCCAACAAAACCGUAUCCUUUCAGCUGUGAGAGGUCGCUUGCGUCAAGUAGCCUCCUCCCUGCAGGCUGCGGUGAGGUUCAGGAGAUUCUCGCGACGUGGCGCCACAGCUCCUGAUUGGUUCGUGGACAAGAGCCAUCAGGAGGACAGCGGGGAUGUGGUCGAGGACCUCAGGGAUGGUUGCUGGGGCUACAGGGUUGUGUUCGACCCUGCCUCUCCUAAUUACUACAAGUGGCUUAUGGUGGUUUCCUUGGCAGUGCUGUAUAACGUAGUGUUCGUUUUAGGCAGAGCAGUGUUCUGGGAACUCAACAUUUCAACACCGGGUCUAUGGUGGACCUUGGACUCUGUGUGCGAUAUUAUUUAUAUUUUGGACACCUUAGUUCAUGCCCAUGAAGGCUACUUGGAACAAGGACUAUUAGUCACCGAUCCAAGGAAACUUAGAGCACACUACCGCCAAUCAAAGUCUUGGAAAACCGACGUUUUCUCGGUACUGCCCACCGAUCUAGCCUAUUUCUGGUGGUGGCCUUUCGACUGCCAGAACAAGGUACCCUGUAGCGUGAUAGUGCGACUGAACAGACUAUUCAAACUGCCCAGGUUGUGGGAAUGGUUCGAAAGGACAGAAACAGACACAAACUACCCCAACGUGUUCAGGAUAUGCAAGGUGGUACUGGCCAUUUUGGUACUUAUCCAUUGGAACGCCUGUUUGUAUUUCGCUAUAAGUUAUGCUAUAGGUUUUGGUACUGAUAACUGGGUGUAUAACUUGGACGGGGCCAAGAACUCAACCUUAGCCAGACAGUACAUUUAUAGUUUUUACUGGUCUACACUGACACUGACCACGAUAGGUGAAACUCCAGUACCUGAGAAUGAUGCUGAGUACCUUUUUGUGGUAGCCGAUUUCUUGGCAGGUGUCCUGAUAUUCGCCACUAUUGUAGGAAACAUCGGAUCCAUGAUAUCGAACAUGAACGUGGCCAGGGUUGACUUCCAAAACAGAAUGGACGGUGUCAAACAAUACAUGGCCUUUCGAAAAGUAGGCAGGGAAUUAGAAGCAAGAGUGAUAAGAUGGUUUGCAUACACGUGGCAAGAAAGUGGAGCAUUGGACGAAGAAAGAGUCCUUUCAGCCCUACCAGAUAAACUAAAAGCUGAAAUAGCUAUCAUGGUGCAUCUGGACACGUUGAAAAAAGUCAGGAUAUUCCAGGAUUGCGAACCAGGUCUUUUAGAAGCUCUGGUUCUGAAACUAAAACUUCAGGUUUUUUCUCCUGGAGAUUAUAUUUGUAGAAAAGGCGAUGUCGGUAAGGAGAUGUAUAUAGUCAAAAGAGGAAGACUUCAAGUUGUUACUGACAACGGUUCAGCAGUGCUGGCAACGUUGGGAGCAGGAAGUGUUUUUGGUGAGGUCAGUGUUUUGGAUAUUGCUGGAAACAGGACGGGUAACAGAAGGACUGCCAAUGUUAGAUCACUGGGAUAUUCGGACCUUUUUUGUCUGGCCAAGGACGACCUAUUGGUAGCUUUAUCUGAUUAUCCAGAGGCAAAGGCCACAUUGAUAGAGCGGGGUUGCCAGCUGUUGCGAAAAGACGGUCUUCUGGACGAGGACAUGUUCAAACGUGCGAAAGAAACCCAACAUUCCAUGGAAGACUCGAUCAAAAAGCUGGAAGGGACUGUGGAGAACCUCCAGACUCGCUUAGCCAGAUUGUUGGCUGAAUAUUCAGCCAGUCAAGCCAAACUCAAACAGAGAAUUAGCAGAGUCGAAAGCAGAAAUGGAAGAGACAAAGAGGACAACAUAUCAGAAAAUCUAGCAGUACCCACUGUGAGAAAAAGGCUUCGGUCGUACGAAUUGAAAAAGGGAGACUUCAGUUCCGGUUCCAGACACAAAACCAUGUAGAAUUCGACGAUUUUAGAAUGAUAUAGGUAGACCAAAAAAAUAAUACAACAUAAGAGACAUCCAACAGCGACCUACAGCGUGUACCAAAAAGAUUAUGGACGAUAACUGACAAAAAACAUUAUCGAAUCAUCGAAAAAAAUUAACAAAUUUGUUACGAACUGUUUGGCACACCCUGUAUAAAUGAGAACUUUGUUUUAUAGUUAAGAAAGCAUGAAUUCUACAACGAUUUAGUGUAUAGGAUAUAGGAUUGAAUUUAGGUAUAAUUUAACGAACAAAAUCAAAUGUUACCUACUCGAAAUGUAGUUUGGGCCUUAAAAUAAGAGUGUGAACAGGGUUGCCAGAUGUCCGGAUUGUUAAAAUAGUUUCUCGAGUUCUCUGAGGUAAUAACCAUUUAAUAUCUAAAGAUUCCAAUUUUCACUACUCAAUGCAAAUAUUUUUUUUAGUAAAAGCUAAAUCUGUUUUUCUGACAUUGAGGGGUGGGUAACUUGUCAAAAUACCCUCGUAUAAAGAGGAUAUUUUGAAGACAGAUUUGCCUAAGGGUAUUUGAGUGGGUCUUUGAGUGGGUAAAUAACAAACAAACAUUUGGACAUUUUAGGAUAUUUUCCUAUUCUACUUAUUUGUACCAUGUAUUUGACUUUGAUGUUUAAAGCAAGUUUGAUUUAAAAAUUGUAUUUUUUCAAAAAUAGUACUUUAACCACACGGGUAGAUUAAAUGAUACUUUAACAGCGAGGAUAGGCUAGAAAUUUUAUUUCUUC